AUGGCUGAGGGCAGUGAGGGCAGGGAACGAGAGGAUGAGCUUGACCUGGGCCAGGCAGACGGUGACUCUCCACAACCCGAAUAUGGCGCUGCCCUCGACGAUGACCGGCCCGGGCCUUCCCCGCAGGAGCUCGUCGAACCGGAGGAGGAAUUGGAUACAAUAGACAACAGUGCGCAGGAUCGGGUAUCCCAGAAACCCCCCAUAACAGACGGUCUUCAGCUUCCCCAGACCCCGCAGCCGCGGCGCACUCAGUCGAAUGCAAUCCCGGGUAGCGUGGAUGAGACGCUUUCCACCCCCGACGAUACCCCGUCUCUCCAUGACUCGGUUCAUUCAUCCCAGGGCAGCAGUGCUCUCGCGCUCCGUGGCUCUCCGCGAGUAAGCCCCAGCCCAGCCCACCGUCCGUUUGACCUCCGCUUCCAAUCUCGGCUGUCCUCCUCACCUCUAAGUGCAUCACGCUCCGGCUCGCCGUUCCUAGCACAAUUACAUUCUCGACAGUCAUCUAUCACAAGCCAAGUAUCGCCAACCCCGGAGUCAGACAAUGAACCGCCUCAAAGCCCAUGGGAUGUUGUGCGAUGGACGAAGCUGCGAAAGAUUACCGGACAGGCGUUCUCGGAGAUUGGGAGGCGCAAUUUUGGGCGACCGACAUGCCUCGCGGUUUCUACCACAAUUGUGAUGGGCACGUCGAAAGGAAUCAUUUUAGUCUUCGACUAUCAGCAGAGCCUCAAGACGAUUAUCGGAACAGGGACAAAGGCUGUUGAAUGCGGCCCAGUCACAUCUUUGGCACUAUCAGCUGAUCACUCGACUGUCGCCGGAGGCCAUGAGUCGGGCGAUAUUUUCACGUGGGAAAUCUCGCGGUCGGCCCGGCCUUUUCUUCAUAUCCCCCCGAUCCCUGCAAAUCAAGUUGAAACGCGAACAUUCGAUGGCCAUAUUGCCGGCUCUUCCGUAAUCCAUGUCGGGUUCCUAGGCACCCGACGGACGGCGGUUGUUUCGGCUGAUACGCGGGGGAUGGCAUUUUCACAUUUGGCAACACGAGGCAUGGGGGCAGUAGGGCGAACGGUGAAGACAACUCGUAUAUUGGGUCGGUAUCCGCAGAAUGCCCCGGAAGAGAUUCGCCGUCGAAAACCUAGCUCUGUGCUCGCUUUCUCCCCCCUCCCACUUGGUAAUGUGGAGCAGCCGUCUGAUUCACUCGGGCUCGUCGCCAUGUUGACACCCUAUCUCCUCGUGAUUGUGUCCACGACCCCUGUUGCCCAAACCCAGCAUAAAGCGCCUCGCCCGAAGGAAGUUCCGGCCCACAGCGCCAUGACAGGUGCAUUGGCUUGGUUCCCGGCAAUACGGCUGAAGGGAAAAGACAGCCAAACAUCCAACACCAAACUUGUCUAUUGCUGGUCCAACGUUCUAACUGUGUCAGACGUGUCAGAAGCAGAGACAGACGAGCCCGUGGAUAGAGAUCGUCCACCCAGCCUUGUUUUCAGAGCACGCAGUAGAUGGAAGGCUGAUGAAGCUAUUGUGGCCGUUCAAUGGCUUAGUCGCUCCGUUCUUGCGGUGUUCACAAUAACGCAACGACUACUCAUUCUUGAGGACUAUACCAUGCGUGUCACGGAAUCAAUUGACCUUGCCAACCGACAUAUCUAUCAUACAGAUCUCUUCUCUUCACAACUUCACAACUUGGUGGAACAACUUGAUGAAGAAGAUACCUCCAUGCAUGGCGUCGUUGCGGACGCAUUUUAUAUGAGUUUCCGUGCUUAUAAAGGGCGUCUGUUCUUGCUCGGCUAUAAUGAGACCCUAGUCGGCAGCCUUUCCAAUUGGGCUGACCGACUCCUCGCACUAAUGGAGGCCGGUGAUUUUAUUGGUGCCAUUCGAUUGGCAACAUCCUACUACACGGGUACCGCAGAGAAGCUUACAGUUGGUCUUCCAGACGAAGACGUAUUAAGACGACCAAUUGUUCAGGAGAAGCUUCUGGAGAUGAUCUCCGCGUCUCUAAAGUAUGCGUUCGGCCGCAAUGUUGAAGCGAGCAAUGGACAGCUAGAGAACCAGCAGCUCGAAGAACUCGCCGAAGUAUCUGUCGCCGCCUGUAUCUAUAUGACAGAUGAAGAAUUUCUCUGGGAGGAAGUCUUCAACUGGUAUGAAGAGCAUGAUUCAGCCGGAAUUUUCCUCGACGUGCUUGAGCCUCGUAUCGUUGAUGGAACUAUUCGUUCUCUGCCCCCGACGGCGGUCAAAGCACUCAUCAACCACUUCAUUACGACUCAUUCAGCUGGCUACCUUGAAGAGAUCAUCUGUCUGCUCGAUACGAGUACAAUGGACAUUGAUCAAGUCACAACGCUAUGCAAACAACACAAUCUUUACGAUGCGUACAUAUAUGUUUGGAACCGCUGCUUAAUGGACUAUGUGAGCCCACUGGAGGAACUCCUCUGUCAAAUUCCCCCGCAAACGGAGGAUCCGCUGGCCAACGGCAACUAUGCUAUUGGAAUGAAAAGGUACACCAAUGCGAUGAAAAUAUUCCCUUACUUAUCAUUCAUCCUGACGGGCCGAGUCUAUCCCACUGGAGAGGCCAUGGACGAAGCUGAAGGGGCGCGUGCAAAAACUGCCUUGUACCAAUAUAUCUUCUUGAGCCAGCUGUCAAGUCCAGAACCGGCCAAUAUGUCGUCCAACGGCGAUGCCGGGUUAUUUUCGCAGCUGCGGGCCAUGCUCAAGUUCGACGCCUCAAGUUUCAUGAGCAUGCUCAAUGAAGCUUUUGAGGACAGCUUCCUGAAUGAAUCUGAAACCGAAGAGUUUCCCUCUGCGGCUGUGUCGAUAAAUCGGCAAUAUUUGAUUAGCAUUUUGCUCCAGGUCAUGGAGUCGCCGUUUUUCACACCCUCCGAUACCAUUUACUUGGACAUAAUCUUGAAGUCGACGUACCGCUCUGAGAAGCAGUAUCCUCAGUGGAUUUUGACAUUUCUCGAUGAUCCGAAUGAUAAGCAGGCCAUUUUUACCGCGCUAAACGACUGUCUUCGCUCAGGAUCAGGGCUUGGGAAGAAGCAGCGAAGGGACGUGAUUGACGUCGUCAAACAGCAUGCUCGAGACAUUGUCAUUAUUGAUGUCCAGCGGGCCGCUCAAAUUAUGCAAGAUCUGGCCCCUGACACCCACGGGACAUUCCUGAAGGUGUUAGAAGGGGAUAGCUUCAAUCAAUACCAGUAUCUCUUGGUUCUUGUUGAACCACAUACACAGGUCGGCGAAAGUCGAUCUCUUUCGCCUGUUGAGAAUUGGAUGAUUGAACGCUACGUGCAGCUUCUUUGCAAAUACAAUCCGUCCCAUGUCGCAGAUUUCGUUGAUGGCCUGCGAGUUGGGGAUAUUCACCUUGCGGAACUGCUUCCUGCUAUCGAAGAGAGUGGAGCGAUCGAUGCUGCUGUGAUUCUUCUUGCCCGCCAGGGCCAAGUCCAGCCUGCCUUGGACCGCCUUGUAGCGCACUUGAGUACCCUUGAAUCCGGGUUGAUCGGUAUUCUCCAGAGCAUGAGAGAGACCCCCGAUACAGCCAGUACGGCGGAGGCAAUCGAUGAUCUUCUCGAAUCUCUGAAUAAGUAUGCUGGAGUCGGUACCUGGCUUUGCCAGGGCCAAACAAAGACCGCCAAGCAAUCGCGAACAAUGACACAUGGGCAACGCGAUGGGCUUCCUCUUGGACAGUCCUUGGCCUUUGAUGAGAGUCUCUGGCUGAGCCUCAUUGAGGCGGUUGUCCGUAUUGCGAGCAAUGUCUUUGCCUUCAUGCGAGACCACUUCCAGGACCCUGAGUCAAUCCAGUCGGCCAAUAUUCUCGGUGGAGAUGCGGGUCGGUUGACCAGCUCCUUCCGGAUGCUGGUCCAGCAGAUGUUCACUUCACUAUUAGCCAGUACUGUGAAAGGAGGCAGACCGUCCAGCAGCGAACGCACCGAUCUAUCCUUCCUCCGCAUCCUGCGAGCAUUCCUCAGCCGCGCCGCAACUUGGUCCCCCUCUCUUCUAGAACUGCGGGCUGUGCUGGCCUCUAUCUUCUCCGCAUACUCCUACGAGAAGUCGCUAUUGACCCUAGCCAACGGUAUGCUAGACCGCGACCUGUUCGUGCAUGUGGACGAAGUCACCCGGCUGCGGCAGCACGGAUGGCGGCCCCGCGGGCAGGUCUGCAAGGUCUGUCGGCGGCGCAUCUGGGGUCCCAACGUGGGCUCUGCACUCUGGGACGCAUGGGAGGAGAAGCAGACAGAUGCGCACCACCGUCGCAUUGCUAAGCGAGUUGCAGAGAGCUAUGACCCGGCGACGGAGCGAGGCAAAGGCAAAGCGGCGGCCGUGGGUGCGGGUCAGCCGCUGCAUCUGCUCGCUGAGCAUACCAGACCGAACCCAGCUGACCACGAGCUGGAUGACGACCUCUCAGGGGUCAGGGCUGGCGGGGCGGAGGCACCUCCUCCCUCUGAGCCUGUCGUCGUAUUCUCUUGUCGACAUUUGUAUCAUCGGCAGUGCGUUCUCGAUGCGACCAGCGGCCUGACCCGACCCGCCCACGGCCCUGAGUUCCGCCGUGAGCAUUCCGACUGGUCCGUGACCGAACUUUUCUGUCCGGCAUGUACAUAG